UUGAAAUCGGACCAACGCUUGGCCCAAUACAGCCCAUCUCCGGGCUCUCCUCAUUAGGGGAUCAUCAGUAGGGUUGUUGCCUCAACCGUGCGAAUCACCUCCUUAGUACUCACGGUCACCGCUGCUCCCCGUGGCGUCGCCGUCUGCCUCCACCAGUCGCCGUCUGCCUCCACCAGUCGCCGUCCACCUGUUCCAUUUCAAAAUUCAUUCUUUGGCGUUGAUUAAGAUAUGGAAGCGUCGUUUUUCCGUUUUCUGAAGAUUGUUGGAGUUGGAUACAAAGCUAGAGCGGAAGCUCAAGGUCGGUUAUUGUAUCUGAAACUUGGAUACAGCCAUGAGGUUGAAUUGGCGGUGCCGCCGGCGGUGCGUGUGUUCUGCUUCAAGAACAAUGUGGUUUGCUGCACCGGAAUUGACAAGCAAAGGGUGCACCAGUUUGCUGCCACAGUGCGCAAUUGCAAGCCUCCUGAAGUUUACAAAGGGAAAGGUAUAAUGUACAUUGAUGAAGUCAUCAAGAAGAAGCAAGGAAAGAAAUCUAAAUGAUUUGCCACACCAAACAUAACAUAUGAUCCAUCCAUUUUGUAUCAGUGUGGAUUUAUUGGUGGAAACCAAAGUCUUGAUGGUGCCUUGGUCAUGGCAAGAGCUGCAUUGAAGAUGUAAGCAAAGAAAGGAUCAUAAUAUUUUGCAGUAGCUUUAACAAUACAGUUUGCUGAUUGUAUUGAUUGGUCAACUUGUUUAAUUUAAUCAUGUAUUAUUCAAACAUUAGUAUGAUUGAUUUUACUAUUAGCUCUUAUGCUAAUAGUGUAUAACGUUUUUGUCUAGAUUUUGCUCACUUGAGAGAGCUUUAUAAACAACUUACAGAAUGUGUAGUAUGAUA